AUGGAGCUAGCCAAAAUUUUCCUAUUUUUUUUUUUUUUAAAUGUAAGCAUGUUUGUGUGUAGUGCAGCGAAAUAUGAAGACAGUGAGGUAGGCCAAUCUACAAUGGAAAAUGAAAAUGUGGUGAAUGAAAAUGUGGUGAAUGAAAAUGCGGAAAAUGAAAAUGUGGUGAAUGAAAAUGUGGUGAAUGAAAAUGCGGAAAAUGAAAAUGUGGUGAAUGAAAAUGCGGAAAAUGAAAAUGUGGUGAAUGAAGGCGUGAUGAAUGAAGGCGUGAUGAACGUUUUAAAGUCAGCUAGUUUAGAAGAAAAUACAAAAACAGAAAAAAACAUUUUAUAUGAUUUGUCUUAUUAUAUGAAUUUUUUAAAAAUUAUAAGUGGUAUAAAUUCUCAGCAAAUGGAAUAUGAAGGAAUUAUAAAUAUCGAUAAUACAAAAAGGAAGGAGAAGAAUAUAAAAAAUGUUAAUAUAAUUUAUUCAUCAAAAAAAAAAUAUAAAAAUAAUGUAGAUGAUAUAAAAAAAAAUAUGAAUAAGUUUGUAUUUUCUUAA